GGCCAAGCAUGCGAAUUAUGCGUCAUGAGACUCCAUUUGGAUCUCAAAUGCUUCUUUCUCUCACAGACAAACUGGGAUGCCACUGUUCACCCAUGGCGCUACCACAGCGCGUAUUGCUCGAAGCACCGCAUGAAUCCUUUCCGUGUUACUCUUUUUCGGUCCGGCUGGCCUUCGUUCCGCUUCAUAUCUACCACCCAAGUCUGUUGAUACCAUACUGGCAGUCACUAUGUGGCUCUUUUGCUACUUGCGACGCGUUUCGACUGGUCUUCGCACAUCGGCCCAUACUACCCAGUAUCAUUUGACCUCUCUUUCACGAAGAGAUACCCAAGGGAGUUCGUGCAUCCAGGACUGCUUCACACGGCCGGUAUAUUGUCCUCUUUCUCGCACCCCUGUCGUAUUGCGACCGACCCUUAGCAGACAACUUCGCUCGUAUCAAGAAAUGCGUCUUCGAAGAGUCUGCCGGGCCACGGGUCUCUGCGUUUUCCAACUUUUUUUGCAAAUCGCUUUGCACAAGCUGAUUAUACGAUGGCUGGUCCGGCUUCGUAUGUUCAGCGUGGGUCGCCGAGCUCGUUGUCCUGGACGUGGUGGCAGAAUGAUGCUCGGGGAGAGUACUAUAACGCGCCGAUAUGGGCAAUCACCAAUGAAGAAGCACACGCAUGAAAGGGAUCGAGAUACUCACUAGAUGGGCUAGCGUCCUCACUGUCGUGAACGGGACGGGU